CAAUAGGGAUAUCAAAGAAAAGUUAACACGUUUAUAACAAACUAUUAAGAAUUAAAAAGAGAAGAUGUCACGACAAGAUCUUAUUGUUUUUGCAUUUGUUUUAGUGGCUGUUGUUGGGGCAUUUGCUGGCGAUUCAUCACCUUCACCAGCCUCUUCUAAAGGCUCUUCACCUUCUAAGUUCCAUGCAUCUUCCCCCAAGUCCUCCUCCGGUAGUCCCUCUCCAUCAUUGUCAAAAUCUGGUGGAGGGUCACCCAAGUCAUCUCCGUCGGAAGCCUCAAAAAGUUCUUCAAGCUCAUAUUCUCCCAACCCUAGCCCCAAGUCAAAGAAAGGAUCCUCUUCAGACUCUAAGUAUCCGAACGAGGAGGUGUCUUCCCCUCCUUCACCACCCCAUAAUGAUGAUGUUUCUGAGUCUCCUGUUCCUACCCAUAAAAGGAAGGGUGUUAAAUUUGACAGUGAUAGCCCUAAAUCUGAUGGUCCCGCAUUAGAAUCAGCACCAGAGCCUACACCCUCUAAUGUUGUUGCUAUCAAAGCCACCAAAAUUAUUGGUGUUGCAGCUAUUAUCGGUUUCUUCCUCUUCUAAGCUUCACAUCCAUAUGUUCAUUGAGGGCCUUGAUACGGUUAUUAGGUUAA